AUGAAAGGAGUGGCAGCAAAAAGGGGAAGGGGUGGCGCGGAAGAGGGGGAGGGGGAGGGGGAGGGCCGCGAGAAGGAAGGUAGGGGAAGGGCGCGACAGGGGGAAGGGUGGGUCGGGGAGAGGGAAGGGACUGCGGGAAGGGGAGGAGGGGAAGGGAUAAUUGCUGGAGGGGGUGGGGGAAGGGGAAGGAGGAGGGGCAUUGGCCAACUCAUAAGAAGGGAAGGGGGUGCGAGAACGGGAGGGGAAGGGGGAAGGGACAGCUUGUCAGAGGGGAGCAUCCGGGAAAGGGAAGGGGGAAGGGGGGGCUCAGUUGAGCUCGAAGGAGAGCACUACUGA